AUGUCUGUCGAUUUCGGUUGGCGGCGUUUCAACUUUUUUGAUAAAAAUGUGGUUCAAGACCCUGAGAAACCAGGCGAGAAGUUUUUAGGCCUUAAGGACGUUUGCGUGGAUUGCUGGUGCAGUGGAGGAGAUGCAGUAUAUCUAGGUGAAUCCAGAGGUGGAGUGUUUCGUCUGUGCAGAGAAUUAGAUGAGUAUUAUUGGAAGGCUUAUCAGACGGCUCUUACUGCACUGCAUGCAGCAGAGAAGUACAUAUUCUCCAUCGGAGAAGAUGAAGAGGGAACAAAUUCGAUCUUGAAAAUUUGGCAAGGGGACCACUUAGAGAAGGCUGCUCCACUUUUGCAUCGGGAGAUUCGGCUGUCAUCAAUUCAUCCAUCUGGCCAUUGUUCAGUGGCCGCAUGUUCUGUAACCGUUCACUCAUCCCUGUCUUCAAUAGCUGUUGGGUUCGUUGACGGUACUGUACUACAUUAUCAAGGCGACAUUAUUAAAGACAAGGCACUCUUUUCUCGAUGGUAUCGCUUCCGUGAAGCUUCGCCUUCGGAUGGUCCUGUUACAGGACUAGCGCUUGCGAAGUUGCCUGCGGAACGAUUAGUAGCAUUUGUGGUCACCACUAAAGCUGUGCAUUCCUAUGUUAUUGAAAACAAAGUUGUUACCAAUACGCUUAAACAUGAUUCACCAGGGGCGCCUAAGGAUUGCUGGACGUUUGAUGAACGAACAGGUUCAAUAGUCAUAGCUAGCAGAGAUAUGGUGUUUUUCUAUGAAGCCGACCAGUGCACAGAAACUGAUGGUUAUCGUGGACGCUGCCUUCAAUUGGGAAGAAGCCAUGAAAAGCUUCAGCUGAUUGCUGUAGGCGAACACCUUGUUUUACUUACAAAGCAACAGGCACUUAUUCCGUCGAGCGAUGAGACCAAAUUUAUGUCAAUGGUCACAGUUUACAACGUUAAAGGACAGUAUAUAGGAUUUUCCUGCUCCUUGCCUUCACUAUGCAGGUACUUUAUAGGAAAAGAUUUAAACUUACUUGAUCAUCGUAUUAUGAUAUUGUUUGCCGUUGAUCAGUCUUUAAUGAUUCUUGGUAAGGAUGGGACACUUUCCGAGCUCACAGAGAAGAAUCUCUGUGCUAAGUUGGACAUACUCUUUAAGAAGAAUCUUUACGAUGUGGCUGUUAUUCUGGCGAAGAGCAGUAAAGAUGGAAAUGAACAUCUAAAAUCAAUCCAUGCCAAAUAUGGCGACUAUCUCUACGGGAAAGGUGAUUUCGACAAUGCUAUAAACGAGUACAAGGAGACUAUUGGAAUGCUGGAGCCGUCAUAUGUUAUUAAGCGGUAUUUGGAUGGUUCGCGUUUGAGGCAACUCUGUGUUUACUUGGAAUCUCUUCACGAAACCACACACUACAAUUUGCAUCACACCACCAUACUACUCAAUUGCUACGCCCAACUCGAAGAGAGGAAGAAAAUGAUGAAAUUCCUCGAAAGCUUGUCCACCGACGGAAAGACAAACAUGGCCAAUCUGUUUGAUCGAUUUGCCAUGCAUUCGACUUCAUUAAACAUCAUUGGAGGCGAUUAA